AUGGGGUUUGCAUCCAAGAUCGCCGGCAGCCAGAACCCACCACCCAACAUGAGCGCAAACAGGCCCGGCGUCUAUGGAGGCGCACCUCCGACAGGCUAUGCUGGAGGACCUCCAGCUGCACUGCAGCCUGGCAAUAAUCCUUCGAAUCAACAGCAGCAGCAACAACCGCAGUAUCAGGCUUAUCAAGGCUCCCCUGCGCCCUCUGGCGGUCCGCUACGUCCGGGUUCGGCCCAGCAGUCCCCAUAUCCGACUUCGCCGCCCCCGCAGCAGCAGCAGCAGCCACAGUAUCAAGCCUACGCGCCUCCAUCGGCCCCUCCAAACAAGCCAGUUCCCUCACCAUCGCCGGGUCCGCACCCAGCUUAUUCGGGCCCUCAAUCGCCUUAUCCAGGCUCUCAACCGUCCUACUCUGCGCACACUUAUCCGUCGGCAUCUCCGGCUCCUCAGGCUUACUCCCCGUCGCCCUAUGGAUCUCCGGCACCGCCGUCGCAGGGCUAUUCGCAACCAUCCCCAUAUGUUACCAGAGAGGCUCCAUCCGGGCAAUAUGGACAAUCACAGCAAGGCUAUAGCCGACCCCCGCCUCCCCCGCCACAAACUCAGCCAUAUGGAGCUCCUGGGCCACAGUAUCCUCCGCAGCAAGCCUCUCAAGGCCCCUCAUACCCCCCGCAGAAUGCACCUUACCCCGGCGGACCCGGCGGACCGGGAGCACCAUAUGGUGCCCCUGGAGGCGCUCCUCCCGCCGCCCGUGCAUCUGACCAGCAGAUCGCCGCCUACAGACAGCUCUUGAUCGGAACUAUCCAGGAGAAACGCCUGCAGAGCUUCUGGCCCCCAGAGAGACUGGACAGAUUGGUUCAGGCGCUGGCCAACGAGGCGCCAGGAAAGGUCAACAAACUGAUGCACGAACUCCGUGUGCCACAGGAAGUGGCUAUGGACAUUAUGAAACUGUCUCUAUUCGACGUCAUCCUUUAUGUGGAUGACAGCGGCUCCAUCGAGUUCGAAGAGCGUGGCGUUAGAAAAGAGCAGCUUGUGCAGAUCAUUGAGAUCGUUGCUGCUGCUGCGUCCACUUUCGAUGACGAUGGCAUUUCGGUACGGUUCAUGAACAAUGUGGAGCAAGGAGAUGGAAUCCGCAACGCAGAAGACGUCGGUCAUCUUGUCUCGCGUGUCCGCUUCCAGGGCCUUACCCCCUUGGGAACAAGCUUGCGCAACAAGGUCCUCGACCCCAUGGUUGUGGGCCCGGCCAGAGCAGGUCGACUGCAAAAGCCAGUUCUUGUCAUUACCAUCACGGAUGGACAGCCCGCCGGAGAGCCUCUUGACAGCGUCUCCAGCUCCAUCGGUUACGCCGUGAGCGAGGUCUCCCGGACUCAGUAUGGACAGGGUGCCGUUUCUUUCCAAUUCUCGCAGGUGGGCAAUGACACCAAGGCGCGGGAUUUCCUCGCUUCGCUGGAUGAAGACCCGAGAAUUGGCUCAUUGAUUGAUUGUACUUCCAACUUCGAGGUCGAACAGGAUGAAAUGUCACGCGCCGUGCCACCAGUGUACUUGACUCGUGAACUCUGGUGCGCUAAAUUGAUGCUUGGGGCUAUUGAUUCCUCGUACGACACCAAAGACGAAAAGGCUGCCGGCAGAGCUAGUGGUUCUGGUGCUCCCCCGUCUGGACCUCCCUCUGGACCUCCCUCCGGACCCCCCUCCGGGCCUCCUGGUGGAGCUCCCCGGGGUGGACAGUACGGUGGCUACAGCCAACCCGGAUAUCCCCCUGCUCCCAGCUAUGGCCAACCUCAGCAGGGCUAUGGCGGUGGCCCGGGCUAUGGCCAGGGGUACGGUCAAGCCCCAUACCAGGGUCAGGGCCAGUCGCCAGCACCGGGAUAUGGCCAGCAAUACGGUGGUGGAUAUGGUGCACCCUCUCCUCACCCCAACCAGCCUGGAUACGGACAGUCCUCCGGAGCCCCGCGGGGUUACUCUCCCUAUCAGGCACCCCAGCCACCCAGGUACUGA